UCAGUUUCACGAGAGACUUCCAACAGAAUACAUCGAAUUUCGGCGAGAGAUUCGCAACUCAGGAAGAAGAAAAAGGAAAACCUCUGCACCUCUGCGAGUUACCUCCACCCAAAAGUGCACCAAAAAGCGUUGUUAAAAAACAAAACAAAGUGAUUUUAAAAGCCAGGGUUCAUUGCACGCCCACAUUACAAACACAAUUCACAUCCCGUUGAUUGGCACUGCAGUUCGCAAAAAUAGUACCGAAACACAGGGCAGCACAACAUGGAUGUUUGGGGAUUCUGCGUCAGCGACACCACAAUGGCAUAUGGCGGGUCCAUGCGCAGCGGCUACUACCGCGACUACGAGGAGUUCCCCUAUGGCACCCUGGAGUCCACCACCUCCUCGCACGCGGUCAAGGACUGCUACAGUCGAGUGCAAGAAAAGUGCAAGCAGAUAAAGUCCGAGAAGCAGAUGCGCAAGGACUGCCCGUUCUGCAAGGAGCACAAGAAGCGGCCGCUCAUCAACUACAUGCGCAAGCGGGAGCAGCGGAAGCACCAUGAUAGCAUCUGCGAGGACGAGGAGGACAUGCACGAGCACGAGCAUGAGAUGGAGCACACCCACAACCACAGCCAGACGACAGUCCUUGCCGCCCCGCAAAGCUGCAAGGUGUGAGUGGGAGCGGGACGACUCUACUGCGGACGCUGCCCGCAGCAUUCGCGAAAUGCCAUAUAUGUAUACAGAUGUGUAACCUAACCAGAAGAAAGGAAACCUGAAAGAGUAAGAACAAAAACAAAGAAAACCCGAGGAGAAAAGAGAAAAAGCUGUUAAAGACGAAGAUUGCGCGAGAGAGCGAGACAGCAGCCUGCAGCUACAAUAAUCCACGGCAACUGUACCCCUAUUUUUGAAAUGGUUGCCCAGCAUUUCCGCGUCGCGAAUACACUACCAUUUACAAAAGCCAAAACCACUUGAUACCAAUUUACAACUAACCUUUUUCAUUAUCAACCGCUUCGUUUUUACACCAACUUCGCAGUUAUGUACAACUACAAACGGCACUUUGUUUACCGACAAACAAUAGCGCACGACGAAAAAAGCAAGUAACGAAAACCUGCCCCGCUUGACCAACGCAUUUUUUGACCUUAGGCAAACGAGAACAUCGUGAAAAGCUAAAAAAAAAGAAAAAUAUUAUAUAUGUACGAAACACAACAAGGGAAGCAAAAACUGAAUUUUCUAUUUUGCGUACGAGACUGAGUAAAUUGCAGUAGAAAAUUUUUAAGCGAUUUUCUGUUUCUGUUAUUUUCGUUGCUUUAGUUUGGACCCGAUUGGAUCAGUUACAGGUAUACCGUGUAAGCAAGAAAUAAUGAAAGCUAUAACGAUCAAUCAAGGUUUACAAUUGUUAUUUUUCGAUAUAUGCGUAGUACAUACUUUGGACCCCGAUUUUUAUUGUAUCCUUGUCUAUAUUAGACAUUCCCCUAUAUUUAUUGUAAUACCAACUGGGCGUUGCACAGUCCGAGCUAGUGUCAAAAUGAAAU